AUGCACGACAACCGGACGCAUCCUCUCCUUGCGCAAGUGCCUCUGACGGUGUCUCCGUUCGUGUCUCUGCCAACUGCAACUACCCUCCCGUACACAUACAAGACCCUGCCGUCAACGCUACCCCCCUCCUCGACGGGAGGAUCUGGCGAAGAGAAGUCCCAAUACGUCGUGUCUUCCUCUGGCCAUGCGGCACAUCCAGACGAGAUAAUUGCAUCAUGCAAGGCAUUACAAGCGUAUAUCCAGAAGGUCCAGGAUGAUGCCGACCGGGAGUUGAAGGCGUGGGAGGAUGUUAUAGCUGCCAGAGAGCUCGCAGAGAAGAGAAGAGUGGCCCCAGGAUGGUUGGACAGUGAAGCAAGGUUACUGGAACCAGAGAAGAGAGCCAACUCUUCUGCCCAAGCUGGAAACGCUAAAGGGAAUCCGAUGGACGUUGAUGUGUCAAGUCCCGAGGCAUCAGGUUUACGGCAUACGCCCAUGCCACAACCAAACAGAGAGGGAGAUGAACUGGACAGGGCGUUCGGAGGCCUAGGUCUGAAUAAGUAG